AUGGCUACUGGGAAGAAAAUUGCAGGGUUUUACGAGGAAGCUGAUAAGGAAAUAUUGGACGAGGAUGAAUGGUACUUCGUCGAAUUAGGUGAUGAGGAAACGAAGACCGAGGAGCCAUCUGCAGAAACUCCAAAUGAUAUCCUUGAAACUGAUUCCGAUGUCGAAUCUGGCCAG